CCCGGCAGGCUUAUCUAUGACACUAAUCACAGCUGUGACCAGAAAAUUCAAAUGCUCUGAAUGGAAAAUUAAACCGCGCUUAAUUUAAGUUCCAAUAUAAAAGAGGAAGCACUUCUUUUCUUCUUUAUUUCAUAACAAAAUAAAAUGGGAAAAAGCGUUGAAGAAGCUUAUGCUAAAUGGAGAUCCAAGUACUUGAGGGCCUAUGGAGACGGUUACUAUGUUUACUAUAAAGAACCCAGCGAAGGUGUCCCCGAGGUGACAUGCUCAGAGGCACACGGCUACGGCAUGCUUAUUUCCGUAUUAAAGCGUAACCAAGCAGACUUUGAUGGAAUGUAUAGAUACUUUAGUCAUUGGAAAAAUCGUAACGGACUGAUGCAAUGGCAGCAAAAGACGGGACACAAUGGACAAUUUGUCCCAGGAGAUGAAGGCGGAGAGAAUUGUGCAACCGAUGGCGACGUUGAUAUUGCAACAUCACUUUUCUUGGCAGCUAAAGUAUGGGGACGAGGUGGAGCACAUGGAGAGAUUGAUUAUAGAUCAUCUGCUGUUCAAUUAUGUCGCUCCAUAUGGGAACAUUGCUUCAAUCACAAGACAUAUAUGCCUUUGGUGGGUGACUGGGCCGAUCCUGGGGAUGAAGCAUUUGCAUUGACAAGACCCAGUGACUUUAUUCUUAGUGGAUACUUGAUAUUUUACCAUGAAGAUACAGAACGUCAGCAUAUAUGGGGAAAUGUCAUUAAUGCCAUCAUCAACACAUGUCAUAUCCAGCUCACUCUUCAUCCACAGACAGGCCUCAUUGCUGAUUUCUUAAGCCUCGAUCAUCGAUCAGGAACCUAUCAACCAGUUCACAAAAAGGUGCUCGAGAGCAAGCAUGACCCAGACUAUAAUUGGAACUCAUGUCGUGUGCCAUGGCGCUUAGGUCACUAUUACAUGCUGUCUAAGGAUCAACGCCUUCGACAGCUGCUCGACACAGAGGCUAACUUUUUCGCACAUCAGCUGGCAAGAGGAGAGAUCAAGGCAGGUUAUCAUCUGGACGGCAAGCCUUUCGUCGAUUACAGUGACAUGGCCUUUAAUGCACCUGUAAGCUUUUUGUUUUGGGUGUUGGACCGACACCAGGAGCUGCAGCAAGUGAUGAAGUAUAUAGAUGAGGAUCAUGAAGGAACGUACUUUGGCGAAACUAUCGCUAUGCUUGGAUUUCUGCAAGCUCACGUGCCUUAUUAAACUUUCUUUCUUCUUUUUCUGUCCUUAUUUUGGACAUCCACUCUCUAUCCAUAACACAUGUAAUAAUAUAUCAUAAAUAAAUAUAUACUUUCUAUAUUUACAUAUCUUCUU